UUUUCUUUUCUGGACAAAUAAAUAUGUGUCUGAAACCACUUCCUUUUUUUGGUAAGGUGCAAGUAAUUUUCUUCUUAAAUCUAGUCGCAUUUUACUCUUUAUUUAUUUGCACCUGUUGCUUAAAAAUGGAAGUUCAGGUAAUACAGAUGUGCCAGAUGCAAUGGACAUAAUAUUCCAAUCUGCGCUAGAAAUGGGAAGGAAAGGGGCAGUUGACGAGUACAUGGGCCGAACAGAAAAUGCAGUGUUGUUUUAUUCAAAGGCAGUGCAGUUGUUAACAUUCCUUCAAGUUGAAGCAUCGUCUCUCAUUCUUAGCCCACCAUUCAACCUCACUAACACGGACCGGUAUAGGCUCCGGAGUUAUAUAGAUGUCCUUAAAAACAGGCAAAGCGUUUCAAGGUCUCAAAUCAUGGCUCUCCUCAACAUUGAAGAAGACAAGGUCUCAACAAACUCUGACUAGCCUCCAAAUCAUGCCAUUUUAUACUCUUCAAAAUGUAAGAAGUAUUUGUUGUGUACAGUUAGUUCUUUAAUUUUAUGCAGUUCUUCUAUCAUGGUUAACCUAUGAUUCAAGAAUCUAACAUCACUAAACUACCUUGCCUGCAAUCCAUCAUCAAAGAAAGCUUGAGGUUGCGCCCUGCCUCGUAAGGCAAACACAAAUGUUGAACUGUACAACUAUGUGUUGUCCAAAACUUCCCAAGUCCUAGUAAACUUAAUGGGCCGUGGGGCGAGAUCUUAAGGUGUGUGAAAACCCCGAAAUAUUUUCUCUUGAUAAGUUUUUUGACAAGGAAAUCGAUGUCAAAGAUAGGUAGGGAUUCGAGAUCCAAAGGGUAAGAGCUCGAAAUCCCUACCUUUGACAUCAAUUCCCUUGUCCAAAAACCUCUCAGUACAAAAUAUUUCAGUGUUUUCCCACAUGUUAGGAUCUCGUCCCAUCGCCCAUAAGUUUACUAGGACUUGAAAAUUUUCAGGCACCACAUAGUUGUACAGUUCAACAUCUGUGUUUGUUUUACGAGGCAGAAGAAAUACAGUGGACGGGUGCAACAUCAGGCUUUAUUUGAUGAUGGAUUGCACGUAAGGUAGUUUAGUGAUGUCACAUUCUGAAACUAGGAUCCUCCUUGUUAAACCUUAAAUUCUCAUCCCCAUUAUGUUUCAAAUACAGUAUUAGUUAAGAAGGUAACCCUAGAUGUCUUUUAAAUAAUCUAUUUGGCCUUCAAAAUUAGGGAAGCACCAAUGG